GGGCCCAGAGCGGGCCUCCGGUGGCCUCCAGCGCGGCCUUCCAGGGCUCGCGGAGCUAUUGGAGACGAAGCGAGAGUUCGGCCGACUGAUGGAGACGGUCGAGAACCAGAACCAGACGAUCACAGGGCUCCAGACGGAGCGAGCCGACGCAGAUGCAGCGAAUCGGCAGCAGUCGACGAAGGCGUUCGCCAACGCGAUCAUCGGAGACAAAGGGAAGCCGCCGACCUUCGACAACACGAAGAAGCUAGACUUCCACGACUGGGCGUUCAAGUUCAAGGCGUACAUCGGCAACCAGAGUCGGAAGUGCUUAGAGGGAAUGACCCAGGUCGAGUACAGCCAGAACCAGCUGAACUACGCCAACUACGUCAGUAACCAAGACGGAUUCGAGGCAUACCGCAGGCUGAGCUCCCAGUAUGACCCUCAGAACAUGGGCAGCAUCCUGUCGAGACUGAUGAGGGUGCUGGAGUUCGACUUCGGCGGAGAGGCGGAUUUUCUCGACAACAUGGCGAAGUUUGAGAUCUCGAUCGAAGAGUACGAGAAGCUGGCGAGCGAGGCCCUCAGCGACAACAUCCGCUCGGCGGUCUUGAUCGCGCGAGCCCCUGAGGCCUUGGGGAACCACGUGCUGCUGGGGGCACCCAAGGAGGAGAUCCAGUGGGCGAGGAUCAAGAAGGUGGCCGCCGACUUCCUGCUCACGAAGCAGUCCAUGCCCGGUGGCCCUGCGCCGAUGGACAUCGGCGCCAUCAACAGCAAGGGCGGAAGAGGAUACGGCAAAGCCAAAGGCAAAGGCAAGGGCAAAGGCAACGACACCAGAGGUAAGGGCAAGGACAGGAGCAGCGGCGGUGGCAUCGCCGGCGGAGAGAAGAAGUUCCAGGGACACUGCGGACGAUGCGGCAAGUGGGGGCACAAACAGAAGGACUGCUACGCCAAGAUCCACAACGUGAGCACCUGGGACGGCAGCGGCUGGGACGGCAACACCUGGGACGAGAAGUGGGGGAGCUGGGACACCACCAACGAGAAGGAGAAGGGUGCGGCCUCCUCCCACGAGGACGCCAGCGCCUCCAUCAGUGCCAACGCCCUCCAGUGCUCCGAGUGCGAGGACGCUGCGUGGAUCUUCGCCGUCGGCGCGCUUGAGGGCCCGAGCGGAACAAGAGUCGGCCAGACGGUUGACAUCAUGGUGGACACUGGCGCCAACAAGUCGGCGCGUGGGCCCAGCGACUUCCCCGACUACCCCACUAUGAAGGACAGGAGGCUGGAGAUCAAGGUCGCCAACGGGACCUCCUUGAAGCACUUCGGCGACAAGCAGGUGAGCUUGAAGACGCAGAGUGACGACGAGAUCAGUGUGAGAUUCCACGUCACGGAGGUGACGCAACCGAUCCUGAGUGUCAACAGCAUCAACAAGGCAGGAGCUGGGGUGGAGUUCCCACCGUCAGGCUCGACGGGCCCACCCUCGAUCACGCGGGAUUCGAGGAGCGGGCGAUCGCGGCUUGGGCUGAAGAGGAGGCUCGGCCUGUUCUUCCUGCGCGCGACGGUGAUGAGCUACGUCGGCACCAAGAUCGGCGCGGACGGCCUGGUCGUCAACAACACGGCGACGGGCGUCCCCGAGGAGUACAUCGCUGCGCAGGUGGACCAGCCGAUGGAGCAAGAAGUCAGGCCCGAGGCUACGGUGAUGACGGCGCCAAGGGAGCCGACGCGAGCCGAGAGGGGGGCUCACGAGGCCUUCCACUGUCCAUACGCAGCGCGUUGCGCGGACUGUGUAGGGGGGCGAGGCCUGGACGACAGGCAUGAGAGGAUCAAAGAGGUAGAGGGUGUGCCUGUGAUCCAGAUCGACUACAUGUUCGGCAAGACGCAUCGUGACGAGAAAGUGCACCCAGUCAUGAAUGCCAUCGACAACGUAUACCACUCUACGGCCUCGGCAUGGUGCGAGGCGAAGGGUGGGGGAGACCUGUUUCUCCUGAAGUGUCUCAAGCGGUACGUGGAGAAGCUCGGGCUUGAGAAGGUCGCGAGGGACAUCGGGAACAACGCGACCUUCAGGUACACACCGAAGACGAGCAAGGGGAGCAACGGCAUGGUGGAGAGGUUCCACUCGUUCAUCGAGGGCAUGACGAGGACCUGGAGGAGAGCCAUUGGGGCAAAGUACGGUACCGUGAUCGAGUUGAGGCAUCCCCUGAUGGCCUGGAUCGUGCGCCACGCAUCGUGGACCCGCGAUCGCUUCCUCAUCCACCGCUCCGGCUACAAGACGUCAUACGAGCGUCAGCACGAGAGGCACUAUGCCAAGAAGGUCCUGCCACUCGGCGAGACGGUUAUGUGGAGGCAUGGCAUCGUCGUGGCGAGGUCCAUGCGGAGGCCCGUGGAGAGCGAGCGCUACGACAAGCAGCUGCUCCUGGCCGUGAAGGGCAUCCCGAGCGACACGAAGGCAGCCGCCGACGGCGACGAGGCCAUGGACGACGCCGAGGACGCACCACAGCCCGUCACGAAGAGGAGGGGGUUGCCUCAUAACGAGCCGCGUGGCAAGCGGGCCGCGGCAGAGAGCGCAGCUGCACCUGAGGUGAAGCGUGCAGCAGUCGAGGAGCCUGAGAGCUCGGCUGGCAAGCGGGCCAGCGAUGAGGCGCCUGCGAAAGGCGAGGCGCACAAGGAGAGGAUAAUUGGUACGGUGAAGGUUGGCAGCGUGUCCGUCGCCAACUUGAUGGGCUACCCCGACGACACCGAGCUCUGCGCGCCGUGCGAGCUCGACCCCAACUUCGAGCUGCUGAGCGAGGCGUACUACGACGACGACGGUGAGUGCCUCGACCCCGACGCCGUCCGCGAGGGGAUCAAGAGGGAGGCGAACUUCAUGGAGUCCCUCGGCGUCGGUGAGGUCGUGGCGCGACCCCGAGACAAGAAGGUGUGGGGCACGAGGUGGUGCCACCGCAAGAAGGGUGAGGGGGUUCGCAGCAGGUUCGUCGUGAAGCAGUUCAGGGACGCCCAGGCGGGGGAUUUCUUCGCUUGCACUCCGCGCACGGAGGCUGUGCGCGUGCCGAUGGCGGCGGCGCUGAUGCUCAAGCACGCCAUCGUGACGAAAGACUUCAGCGUGGCGUUCAUGCACACGCCCGUGAAGGACGGCGCCGAGAUCUACGUGGAGAUGCCGCCCGAGUACGGCAUGGGGCAUGGAUACGUGUGGAGACUGAAGGGGUCUCUGUAUGGGCUCAGAGAGGCAGCGCUACGAUUCCAGGAGCUCCUGGAGAGCAUCGUGGUCGGGAUUGGAUUCAAGGUCUGCAAGGCGGAGCCCACCAUAUACCAUCACAUCGAGAAGGGCAUCAGGGUCGUGGUCCACACGGACGAUCCUCUUGCCUCAGGUCCCACGCGGGGAGUGCUCGACGAGUUCUUCGACGAGCUGACCAAGCACCUCGCGAUCAAGGGGCGGUACGUCCUGGGCGAGAACCCCGUGAUUUACCUCGGCUCGUCGCUGCAGAGGUUCGGGGACGUGAUCGUGGAGAAGAGCAAGCCCGGGCACGUCGAGAGCAUCCUCGACGCGGCGGGGAUGCUGGGCUGCAGGCCUGUGGGCACGGCUGGGGCCAGGCCAGCCCUCACCCCGCCCGGAGCCGAGCAGCCGCUCAACAGCGAGGAGCACUCGCUGUGCAGGAGGUGCUGCGGGAAGAUCCAGUGCGCGAUCCCGCGGAGGCUGGACGUGAUGCACCUGCUGAAGGAGCUCGGUCGUCGGCUGAGCGAGCCGAGGGUGGCCGACAUGAAGUGCUUGAAGCACCUCCUCCGCUACCUCAGCGGGACGGUCGACCUGGCCAUGGUCCACCGCUCCACGAAGGACUACAAGCGCAUCCGAGGUAGCACCGACUCGGACUGGGCGGGAUGCCACGAGACCCGCAAGUCGACAGCAUGCGGGAUCGUGCGGUGGUGCGGGGUGGUCGUCAGUGCCUACGCCCGCGCGGAGUCCGUGCUCGCCCAGUCGAGCCCUGAGGCCGAGUGCCUGGCGGCCGUGGAGCUGGCGGCGGAGAUGCUGUACGUGAGGGAGCUCGUCAAGUUCAUGGGCUCCGACACGUCGCUGGAGAUCGAGUGCGACGCGUCCUCCGCCAUCGCGAUCGCCUCGCGGCGCGGACUCGGCAGGUUGCGACAUCUGGAGGUGAAGUGGCUAUGGCUCCAGCAGCUGGUCGGUGCGGGCCAGAUCAAGAUCGCGAAGGUGAAGGGCACGGAGAACCUCCCCGACGUUGGGACGAAGUUCCUGGGGAAGGGUGCGCUCGAGAAGUGCCGCACCAUGCUCGGUCUGGUCCCGAUCGACGCCCUCGGGAAUGGCAUCGUGGCUGCCCUGAGCGCGUCCCGAGGAGCACGGUACCUGGCGACGUUCAUGGUCCUCGUGAACGGCGUGAGGGCCCAGCCAGCCACGCCCGACGGCGGGCCCGACCCACACCUGGCGAUCGUGGUGGUCUGGUCGGUCCUCUGCAUGCUCGUGGGCGUGAUGCUGUGCUGGCGCGGCUGGUGCAUGUGCCUAUACCUCCCGAGGUCAGCUGCAGGACGGACGGGCAUGGGCUGCUCCAAGGGCCAGCCCAGUGAGAGCUCGGAGAGGGGCCGAUCGGAGCCAGAACCCGAUCCGCCUCCAGCGCCCGACGCUCCCCGCGAGCAUUGUCGGGAGCCGUCGGAGCCGCGUGGCAGGGGCGUGUUGCUGUUCCACCUGGACACGGUCGGGACCUCGAUCCACUCGAGUCCGAACUGCCAGGCUCUGCGCGAUCGGCAUCACCCGCUGGUGACGAGGAGCGGGUGCCUGAUCUGCGCUCGGGUGCUGGGCCAGGGGGUGCGCAUGCUGCACCACGCGGACAGUGCCGAGAGCGCGGUCCACGCCGACGCUGCAUGCCGCGGGUUGAG